AUGUCACAAAUUUAUGGAGGAUUUAAGUUCUGCGCGAAAGUAUAUAAACUGUAGAUAAAUUUCUCGGAAUUUCUACCUUUUUUUUCUUCAAUCGUGUUUGCAAAAAUACGGAACUGCACGAAAACGUUGCUUUUCAACGUUCCAGGUAACGAGAAAUGUGCCAAUAUACAAUGAAUAAUACGCGAUACCAUUAUGUGUAAUAUUUCAUUUCAGCAUAAUACAUGAAUUAGCAAAAUAAAAAGAACGGAUAGAGAUUACAACAGUAAAUUAAGUAUUACGAAUGAAAAUGUCGGUGUCCGGUAAUCAAUACCGUGACACAUUAGACUAAUAUUCGCGAAACAAAGGUAAGAUAUCACACGUGAGUAUUUUACAUAAUGGAUGUAAUAAUGAUAAAACUCUCGUUACAUACACUCAAUGGUCAACAGAUAGCGGUAAACAUUCAAACUUGUUGUUCGCAACAAGUAUAAAAGAGAGUAGGAACAAGCAUUGGUCAACCAGUCGGGCAGAACGAAGCUCUCAUUCUCCACGUAAUUCUCGCGUCUGUAAUUGGCCGCAAUCCCUCUUUGACAGCAAUGGUACGUUGAACAUUGGCACUCGUUUCAUUCACAUUUUCCCGCGAAAGUCACUGCCGGACAAACGGAUUGCUUCGAUGCUUCCCCCCCCCCACCUCUCCCCUUCCCGUUUAUUGGGUCGGCGCGUCGCGAUAUACAACCGUUGUAAUCUCAUUGCUGGUAAUUGCAGUCAGGUCUGCUGGGAUACCCGAUGGCAGCCCCGCAGUGUGCUGCACCCUUCUACGGUGGACCUCAGCUCGCCGACGUUUGCUUGGCGAGCAACGGAGAAGUGUUACUGACACUUUUCAACAUAUUGCUGGUGACAAACCCGAACAUCGGCAAGCCGUGCCAGCGCGUGAAACCGGUCGAGCAUCCGGAUCUCAGCUACGAUUUCAUCGUUGUCGGCGCUGGCGCCGGCGGAGCUACGGUGGCUGGGAGGCUGAGCGAAGAGGAAAAAUGGAAAGUUCUACUCAUCGAAGCUGGCCCCGAUGAACCGGCAGGAGCCGAGAUACCCGCCAAUCUUCAACUUUAUCUCGGCGGUGAACUGGACUGGAACUACAAAACGUCGGACGAGAAGCACGCCUGUCUCGCGGAGGGUGGACGUUGCCCGUGGCCUCGGGGAAAAAAUCUCGGAGGCACGACGCUUCACCAUGGCAUGGCGUAUCAUCGAGGUCAUCCGAAUGAUUACGAUCGAUGGGUGGAACAGGGAGCCGAAGGAUGGGGCUGGGAUGACGUUUCCGUAUCAGCCUCCCUUCGCUCAGGAUAUCAUGAAAGCAGCAGACGAAGUUGGUUUCGGCGUUAUUGAAGAUUUGGCCGGAGACAACAGAACAGGUUUCACGGUGGCUCAAACCAUCAGCAAGAACGGCGUGAGGACCACCGCUGUCAGAUCGUACAUCACACCGGUCGCGCACCGCAAGAAUCUUCACGUAGUCAUAAACGGCACCGUAACGAAGGUUAACAUAGUCCGCAAGAGGGCGAGAGGCAUCCAAGUGUUAAUUGUACGAAUUUGUCGUAUCGAAUUUGAACGUUUAUCAAAUGGAAAGAGACGUUCGAUAACGGCGAAACGCGAGGUGAUUCUCGCAGCCGGCACGAUCAACUCGCCGAAGCUGUUGAUGUUGUCCGGAAUCGGGCCCAAGGAACAUCUCAGGUCCAUGAAAAUUCCCGUGGUGAUGGAUCUGCCGGGUGUCGGUGAAAAUCUUCACAACCAUCAGUCGCACGGUCUGAGCUUCACGAUAAACGAAACAUUCUAUAUGAUGUUCAACACGAGCAGCACGGAAGAGUACGUCUACAAUCAGACUGGGCCGCUUUCGGGCACGGGUCUCGCUCAAGUUACAGGAAUGCUGGCGUCGAAUUUCACGGACGAGACCGAUCCGGAUAUUCAGAUAUUCUUUGCUGGUUAUCAAGCAAUAUGCAAACCGAAACUAGCUAUCGCUGACUUGGCCGUCAAGGACGACAAGAUGACUAUUACGAUGUCGUCGGUCAACGUACACCCGACGAGCAGAGGUCGAAUCAGGUUGAACAGCAACAAUCCUCUCGAUCCACCUCACAUCUGGAGCAACGAUUUGGGAACUGAACACGAUCGCAGCGUCGUGAUACAGGGAAUCCGCAAGAUCCAACAAUUAGCGAAUUCUUCAACGAUGAAGAAUAUAGGUCUGACGUACUAUGAGGAGUAUAUAUCACAGUGUAGCGAAUUCGAACAAGACAGCGACGAUUUCUGGAACUGCGCUAUACAGUGGAACACGAGGCCAGAAAAUCACCAGACCGGUACCAACAGAAUGGGUUCGCGUACAGAUCCGUUGACCGUAGUGAAUAAUCGACUCGAAGUACACGGUAUCAAAGGACUGAGAGUAGCCGACGCAUCCAUUCAACCUAACGUAUGUUUUUAAUCUAUCAAGGAUCAACUUUGACGCUACAUUUAGUUUGCCAUUUUUUUCUUUUUUUUUUGUUUUUUUUUUUAAAUUAAUCUACACGAUAAAAUUCUAUUUCGUAAUAUCAUGGAAAAAAGCGCUGGAGUUUAUAAUAUUACAAGAAAUUGCUGCUUGGUCGAGAUUCUGAAGAUCUUCUACUUCCUAUUGGUAGAUUAUAGAUCUUUGUCAUAUUCAAACUCACAUUUUCGAAAAUGUUUGAAGAUUUUUAAAAGUCGAAAAUUUAAAAAAAUAGAAUCUUGGUAGAGAAUUGUUCCAGGCAUCGAGUGUUAUAGAAAGUUUACUUUGGUUAUUUCGUAAUUUUGUAUUUUAAAAUUGGAACCACCUCGAUCCGUGAGACCACAGAAUGAAUUUUUAAAGUAUAAUAAUUCAAAUUUCUCUGAUACGAGAUUUACAUUUUUGGUCAUCUGUUGAAAUUUUUUUGGAAAUGCAGAAAAGUUCACUCAUUGGUCUUACUGCGUCUAGAGCAAGCAUUAAUGUAAAAAAAAAAAUUUAGAGUUGUUUCAGUAAUUGGAAUUUAGAAUUAUCAAAUUUAGAGAAUCAGUUGCGUCAAGACUAUGGUAAAGCAAAAUACCCAGCAGCAGUUUCAACUACUGACUGUAUAUAUUUCGACUUGAUAUAUUUCAGGUGAUUUCGGGCAAUCCUGUCGCUUCGGUCAACAUGGUCGGCGAAAGAGCUGCGGACUUUAUCAAGGAAGACUGGGGAGUAAAGUCGUAA